UGUGAAAUACACAGCGUCCGUCACAGCUUGUUAAAUCUGUGGUGCAAAGUACAAAUGACACCAGUCACGAAAGUUCACCUGUGUCCAAACUAAGAUGGCGUGUGCCAAGAAUUCGCAAACUAAUGCCGCUUUAUACAGCACGUUUUCUUCAAUUCAAUAUAAAGCAGGUUGUAGUUUUCUUGAAACCUUAAACCUGAAGCUUGGUGAUAAAGUAUUGGAUAUGGGAUGUGGGACAGGAGAAUUGACAAAAUAUAUCGCGGAACGAGUAGGCCAUGACGGUGAGGUGGUCGGUGUUGAUCCCGACCAUACAAGGAUUAAAGUUGCUCAUGAAAACAUGACGGUCCCAAACGCGAGUUUUCACACCGGAAGAAGCGAGUCUGGAUUUCCAAACGAUAACCAAGCUUACUACGACCUUCAUUUCAGUAAUCACGUUUUCCAUUGGUUGAACGACGAAGAUAAGGCGGCCUAUGUCAAAGUUGCUUUUAAUUGCCUCAAGUCGGGAGGUGUGAUAGCUGUUCAAUGUCUGGCAAAGCCUGACGACGACAUUAAUAAUCGCUUCAUUGAAUCUGCACUCAGUACGUCUUUAUCGCCCAAAUGCCAUUUUGCUGAAGAAGGCUCUGCGAGAGAGUUGCUGCAUGACGUUGGUUUCACUCAUGUUGAUGUAAAGAUCAUUCCUUCGGUCUGCUACUAUAGUUCGUUUGAAGUGUAUUCGAAGGGCUUUCUUGCAGCGGCUUGUACAGAUAUCAGUGAGCUGGCGGAUAAAGCGUUGUUAGAGGAGUUCAAAAUGAAAUCCAUUGAGAAAGAUGGUAGAGUGAAAUCAAAAUACAAUCUGUUUCAAAUAAAGGGACGAAAAUCGUAAACAAAUUUAGUAUCGUUGUCCCGCUCCUGCAUGCAUGAAAAAGGAAUAGUAAAAAGUAUUUCAAAUUGUUAUGUUAUUUUAUUAAGCCGAGGACGCUUUAAACUGAUUACCUUUGUAUGUGUGAAACCAUUAAAAGUAGACAAUGUUUAAAAAUUUAAAUAAAAUACAAGAGAAACAUACUAUACUGCAUCUUUU